AUGGCGGACGUCAAGACAAAUACUGAUCAGACCCUGAAUCUUGACCCAGCCCUUCAAGCGAACAAGACCCGCGCUGCCAAUAUCGACCAUGCGGAUGCUCAGCUUGCGCAGGAGUUCGGGUAUAAGCCCGUCUUCAAGAGAGAAUUCGGCUACCUGUCCACCUUCUCCUUCGCAGUUAGUAUCUCAGGUCUUUUCGCCACCGUGAUGACAACGAUGGUAUAUCCACUGGAAGCCGGAGGUAGUAGUGCUGUGAUCUGGUGUUGGCUGAUAUCGGGGGCGGGCUGCUUGUGUCUUGCCUGCUCCGUUGCUGAACUUGUGUCUGCGUAUCCGACUUCAGGCGGCUUGUACUUCACGAUUUCGAGACUGGUUCCCGAGGAAUGGGUUCCUUCCAUUAGUUGGUAUGUGUUGACUGGCUGGUUGAACCUCCUGGGACAAGUCUGUGGUGUGGCCUCGUCAGAGUAUGGUGCCGCCCAAAUGCUUCUAGCCGUUGUCUCUAUGUCAAGAGACUUCGAUUACGAGAUCACCACCGGUACGACUGUCGGAGUCAUGGCCGCACUGACAAUCAGCACCGGUCUGAUCAAUUCCCUUUCGACAUAUUGGAUGGAGAAGAUUACCAAGUUUUAUGUUAUCUUCCAUGUCCUGGUUCUGGUUUCUUGCUCCAUUGCUCUGCUGGCGAUGACUGAGAACAAGAACGACGCCUCAUAUGUUUUCACGCAUGUGGAGUCGACUUCUGGCUGGCAACCGAUUGGUUUCAGCUUCCUGUUUGGUUUUUUGUCGGUCAGCUGGACCAUGACUGACUAUGAUGCGACUGCGCAUAUCACGGAAGAGAUCAGCAACCCCGAGAUCAAGGCGCCUUGGGCAAUUUCUCUGGCCAUGUUAUUCACCUAUCUAGCUGGCUUCUUGUUCAACAUCGUACUGUGCUUCUGCAUGGGCGACCCGAGUGGGAUCCUGAGCUCUCCGACGGAGCAGCCCGUUGCGCAGCUUUUCUACAACAGCCUUGGCAAGGCAGGUGGAAUCUUCUUCACCAUCUGUGCUCUGCUCAUCAUCAAGUUCGUCACGUUCACUGCCAUGCAAGCUCUCGGUCGUACGGUCUUUGCAUUCUCGCGUGAUCGAAUGCUGCCUUUCUCGAACGUCUGGAUGAAGGUUACUCCUCUGACUGGUACUCCUCUCAAUGCCGUCUGGAUCUCCGUCUUCCUUUGCAUUGCCAUCAACCUCAUUGCCUUGGGUUCUUACACUGCAAUCUCCGCCGUGUUUACCCUGUGCUCUAUUGCUCUUGACUGGAGUUACUGCAUUCCUGUUCUGUGCAAACUCUUCUUCGGCAAGUUCAAGCCCGGUCCGUGGCACAUGGGUAGAUUCAGCACAUUCAUCAACGCUUGGGCUUGCGUAUGGACACUGUUCGUCAGUGUCAUCUUUGUUCUGCCCACCGCCAGGCCUGUGACAGCAAGUAACAUGAAUUACGCCUGCGUCUUCUUGGUGUUCGUCCUGCUGUUUGCACUGGUCUACUGGUACAUCAGCGGCAAACGAUUCUACCAUGGCCCUGUCACCGAAGCAGUUGUAGGCGAUUACCUUUCCGAGAGCAACAGCACCACCCAAGCGAAGGCCGACAAAACCGGAUCGCGCGUAUGA